CUUUGCUGCCAUUACUUUGGUUGUAGCUGUUUGCGUGGUACCACUGACAGCUGAAAUAUCUACCUGUAAGUACGCCGGACUGUUGACAAGUGAACUAAUGGCAGGAUAGUGCUUCGUAGCUAGGUUAGCUAUAGCUAGCUAAUUACCCAACUGAUGUUCUGCACAAUUUCACAAUCACUUUGACCCAUUUCUGUGUUUAAAUCGUCUUGCAGCAUUGGUGGCUUUCAGCAGCCAACCGAAGAUUCGCCACGAUAGAUAUGUUGUUUAGGUAUUCGACUAUUAGCUAACUUAAGUUAUAACAUCUGUUAGCUCGGGGCUAACUGUAGAUUCGGGCAAAACAACACCAACUCAAGAAGACAAUUGACAGUCGAAGAAUGAGCUCCAGUUUGAACUUCCCUCCUGGGGGUAGUUUACGGAUUAAAUCAGCAUGUGACCACGGGGCUCUGCAGCCAUAACUUCAGCCCUCUCACAUGCUUUUUUCUUCCAGGCAGCAACGUUAGCUGACUGGCUAUAGCUUGAAGUUAGAUUGCAGUUUUUUUUUCAUUCCGUCUACCCAUCAAGAUACCACACACUUUGAUAUGGAAUAGGUUUCUCGUCCAUAACGAUAGCAGUGAACCAUAUGUUUGAGCUGGCUUCCCUCAUCAUAAGCACUUAGUCCUGAGGAUGGAUGAGGCAUUUCUGACAGUCAACAAUGAGCUGGACCACGAGGUGGUGGUGUCCUGGAUGUCAGAGCGCUGCUACCAUUGUUUGUACCAGCAGCUAGGGGUGGUACCUGCAGGUCCCAGUGCUGGCCAGCCCAGUUCAGUAGACUUUGUUGUGAGCACACAGCAUGAAAUUACACUACAGCUCAACAGCACUUCUGUCAACCUGGAGCUCUGCACAGUUCCUUUCCAUUUUGGGGAGCACGGCAACUACUCUCUGUGGGUGAAAAAUCUGAGUGACUCCUCAGUAGUCAACUGCUCCAUAGUGACUGAUGCAGACCCCGUCAACAGCUACAUACCGAUCUUGGUAGCUUUUCUUAUCUUUGCUGGACUGGCCUUGGUGUCUGCCAUUGGAAAAACAAUAUUAGGGCUCGAUGUAGUGAAGAGUAUCCUCUUCCGAAUUGGCGGCUCCAUGGAGACAGAGAGGCUCAUUAACUCUGAACUGGGCUCCCCUGGAAGGACAGUGGCAACAGUUACUGACAACAUCCUUCCUCCAGCACCCAGCCCCAGCAAGAGGCUGCGGUCUCUGGACACAUUCAGAGGUGUUGCUUUAGUCAUUAUGGUGUUUGUGAACUAUGGAGGGGGACGAUACUGGUUCUUUAGACACGAAAGCUGGAAUGGCCUUACUGUUGCAGAUCUAGUCUUCCCUUGGUUUGUGUUUAUAAUGGGGACAUCCAUCGCCCUGUCUAUCAACUCCCUGCUCCGUGCAGGCUCAACUCGCUGCUCACUGCUGAGGAAAGUUGUGUGGAGGAGCCUGCAGCUCUUCAUCAUCGGGGUCUUCAUCAUCAACCCAAACUACUGCCAGGGACCAUUAUCUUGGGACAACCUGCGGAUCCCAGGUGUGUUGCAGCGCCUGGCCUGGUCAUACCUAGCUGUAGCCUGCCUGGAUCUGUUGGUGGCGAGAGGUCAUCUUGACAUCCUUACAACGGAUGCUUGGUGGUCCCCCGGCCUUGACAUCUUGCUGUAUUGGCCAGCCUGGCUGUGCGUGCUUCUCUUAGAAAUCAUCUGGCUAUGCCUCACUUUCCUACUUCCUGUACCAGAUUGCCCAACAGGCUACCUGGGUCCAGGUGGGAUUGGGGACAUGGGCCUGUAUGCUAACUGCACCGGUGGAGCGGCUGCUUUCAUCGACAGAUGGCUGCUUGGAGUAAACCACAUCUACCAGACUCCCUCAUCACGGGGCAUUUAUGCAACUCAUAUGCCAUAUGAUCCAGAAGGUGUUCUUGGCAGCAUCAACUCUAUCCUCAUGGCUUUUCUUGGAUUACAGGCAGGAAAAAUAAUCUUACACUACAGAGAUCUCCACACAAGUAUCAUGUCAAGGUUUCUUAUAUGGGGUCUGUUAUUGGGAGUCAUAUCAGCAGUUCUGACCAAGUGUUCCACAGACCAGGGCUUCAUUCCUGUCAACAAGAACCUAUGGUCUCUGUCCUAUGUGACAACACUGGCCUGUUUUGCGUAUGUGCUGCUAGUACUGAUGUACUACACAGUGGAUGUGAAGAAGUGGUGGUCUGGAGCACCUUUCUACUACCCUGGUAUGAACUCCAUCCUUGUGUAUGUGGGCCAUGAAGUGUUUGAGGAGUACUUCCCCUUCCGUUGGCGCAUGGCCAACAGCCAAUCCCACACUGAGCAUCUCACCCAGAACCUUGUGGCUACUUCCUGUUGGAUCUUCAUCUCCUACGUGCUCUACAGAAAGAAGAUUUUCUUGACAAUUUAGAAGUGGAGUCCCUAAAUGAUGGGACAUUCAGACAACAAUACCAGAGGACAUCGCUAGAGUUAAAAUCUGACAACAUUUGGAAAGCUGUAAACAGGAGACUGAUUUCUUUUGUCAAAACUAUGGUGGUUCUCUGUCUCUGAACACCUAUGGGUUUCACCUCUUUCUUUUUCAGUUUUUUCAAUUUUUAGUCACUUCUUCUAUAGGACCGUAAAAAAGACUUUUUCCAAAGACCUUCAUAUAUGAAACAGCUGAUCCCUGCCAAAUAUCUUAACUGACUCAGGAAGAACGUGUCCAAGAAUAGUUUGAGAAUUAUUAAGACUGACAUUGUUAAUCUGUUGUUAAUCUGUGACUGUGUUAUAUAUGCUGGUUUUCAUUCCUCAUCUUGUACCACAGACUGCAGCAGCAGGUUGUUUCAGUAGUGGUUAAAGAAGCCCUUGUUGACGUCCCCUUGAAAGAAUCCCUGCUGCCAUCUUAAGUACUGUUGCAUUACCCUGAAAACUAAAGUGGGUUUUUGUGAGAUUGACUCUUCAAAACCAGAAAGAGACAGUAAAUGAUGUACAAGAGAAAAGGCUACCAAGAAUGCAUUGUGAUAUUUCAUCAUUUCCACUACACAGUGGAAGAUGGAAGUGAUAUGUAAACAAGGGGAAACAGUAUGUAGAGGUUUUAAAAUAUGAAAGUUAAACAUCUGCAAUGUAUCAUUCGUCACUUGUCUCUUUAGACGUAAUCAUCAUUUAUUAUUGUCAGUUUGUAGGCUUUCUAAAGUGCAAGUGUUUUUUCCAUUUGCAAUCUUCUGCUCCCCCUUCGACCCUGCUCCCUCGCUCAGCAAGUGUCCAGUGGUGUGACCUAUGAUGCUACCUGUUACCAAGUAAUGAGGGGAAGUGAAGGAGGGCAUGUCCCAUGACUAUUGAACCCCACUGGUGGUUGCUCGUUUAGCAUUUUGGUUAAAUCAGAAGCAUGCAUGUGGGUUAAUCUUUUUGAUUAGGUUUUCAAAAACAGAAGUUAAAGAACUGCCUUUUUUUAUUACUUUGUUACACAUGUCCCUUUUUAUGUUAGCAUUGCUAACAUAUCUGCAACAUUGAAGUGAUGAACACAUUAAUGCUGCCAUAAUUAUAAUCCAGUGAUAUGAUAUAUCACUAUAUAUGAUUCUGAAAUGGGCCAUUCUGCAUAAUGAGUACUUUUACUUUUGAUACUUUAAGCAUAUUGUACUUUUACUUACGUAAGAGUUUGAAUGCAGGACUUUUACUUGUUAUAGAGUGUUUUGUUACAGAGUGCUACUUUUACUUAAGUAAAAGAUCUGAAUACUUCCUUCACCACUGUUGACGAUGUCUUAUCUCACCAUAAAACUAUGCUGCCAUUACUCCCACAGUACUGUGUAAAUGUGGCCGCUUUCUACGAUUGGCAUUUAAUAUACAUAUUACAUUUCUUAACACUUUAGCAAAAUCAUAUUUUCAAUCUGUAGGUUAUCUGAUUGCUGGAAUAAUUGUUCAUCUAGUACUGCCUAAAUUGAUUAAAUUAAUUUUGUCAAACUUUUACACAUUUAUUUUUUUAUAUCCACUGCUUGAAAAGUUUAUGUAAUAAAACUUAUUCCAAAAUAG